AUGUAUGCAAAUGCGCUCCACUGUGACACUAUGUGGGGGAAGGGAAAGCGAUCGCUUCAAAAUGCCUGUAUGGACUAUCGAUUCCUCUUUGUACACGUUCCUACGAGCGUCCGCGUCUCCGGGUCUCGCCACGAAAUGUUAGGCGAAAUUUAUUUGCUUUGCUCACAUGUGGAAACAAUUUCAGAGUUUUUUUGUAUUUUCUGAAACGCGAUCAAUUUUUACAUGUUAUUUUGAUAAUUUGAAUCAAAAUUGCAGAGAAAUGGGAGAACCUGAACCGACCAAGUUCUCGUUUGCUCUCGAGUGCAAGCGGAACACUGAGGAUCCGGGAACGAUGGUUUACUUCACCGACCGGAAAAUCGUCAAAAAAAUUCUGUAUAUCCGAUGCUUUCUGGAAGAUAACGUGAGUUUUUACACAGAAAAAUGCGUCACAGUUCAGUAUUUCAGUAUCCGAACUGGGAGACCGAGGAGACGAUUGUUGCCAAGCCGCAUCUCUCUAUUUACCCGGCCUACUUGAUCGAAUUCGUCGUCAACCACUUGCAUUACGUCUCGCCGAACGAUGACGAGGAAAACGGCGGCUCCAUGGAAAACUAUCGAGAAACCGACGCAUUCACCCUCGACGAGUUGCGUCCAUUGGUUGAGGUAGACUGUACAAACAUAUGAGCAUUUCGACAACAAUUCCCUGAUUUUAGGCCGCCAUCUUCCUCAAUGUGCCGAAUGUGCGCGACGCGAUCGGCUUCGUCAUUAAGCAGAGGUUCAAGGACAAGCCAAUGAUUGACCUCAUCAGAUACCUCGGAUUUUAA